AUGAUUUCAUCAGUACCAAUAAAUUUGGUUGAAACAAAAAAGAAAGACUUAAACGCCAAUAAUAUAUACAGAAAAAAUAAAUAAAAUUAGAGAUUUUAGAAAACAAUCAAAUAAGAAAAGAUGAAAUGGUAAAUUUAUUAAUGCUUGACAUUUUUCUUAGAUAUAAGAGGAGGGAGAUGCUCUGCUAUAAAACAUCCUUAGGAGAAAGUAACAAAAUUAAAUAAUCACUUACAAUUAAUUUUGCUGCAAAGAUCAAAGAUCAAACCAACAUAAAAUGUGGAAAAUCUUCUACUUUUUCUGAUAAAUAAAUUAAGAUGAAAUACUUUUAUCAUUAUACUGGUUUUAGAAUCAAAAAGAAUAUUUUUACAUUCUUAUGUAACAAUGAUUAAUUGAUCCUAAUAUUAAUUGAUUUAGGUAUAUAUAUAUGUGAGAUAGAAUAAAAAAUCAGUGUAGAAUCUCAUUGAAGAACUAAUUUUGAGAAGAAAAAGAAUUAGGGAUUACUAUUUUGUGUGGAUUAACGAGUUCAAUUUCUGAGUUAUCUCCAAAUCCUGAAUUGAUUGAUGCUUUGAUUGAAGCAGUCAAAUAGCUUGGGUAUUAUGUUUAAAAAAUUGAUAAUGGCUUUGAAUGA